AUGUCCGUGAGUCCCAAGUACCGAACAAAUUUCUCAGUCACUGACAUUUUGAGUCCACUGGAUGAAACGGUAGCUCUGCCUCCUCGUCCAUUAAAACCUUAUUCCAUCGGUGAAGAUACGCCCAAUUCGGACCUGCAACAGCUUCAUCAACCCAACAGCACUGGAACAGAAUCUUACCUGUUGUUAAAUUCUAUAACCAAUUUAACGGACAGCACUAAUAACAACAAAUCAAUGAGCGUGCCAGUUUCAACUCCAUUUGGCGUGCAUCAGUUAGGAAUGCAUUCUUCUCAUCCACCACCGCCGCAUUCGGGCGGUGGUCACAUUCCGGCAACGACGUCGGCUUUUACGACAACGAGCGGAUCGCAGUACACUAAUGGAGCGUCGGAAUUCUCCGCUUCGGCCUAUGGAGUGUCAGGAGACGUCCGCGCUCCGACCGCGCCUUGGUACAGCACCAGCAGCGGAGAUCCGCGAUUCGCUACUGAUUACACCCUUUCCACCGUGAGCCGUCUUAUGAGUUCUACCGCACCAUCCGUCAACAUGAACAUGGCCGGCAUGAAUAUGUCCGGUAUGAACAUGACGGGCAUGAACAUGAAUAUGUCCAUGUCGGGAAUCGGGGCGGCUUGUGGAAUGGCCAAUGAGCCCAAGCAGUGCGGUGUGCAAUUCCCGCUUCACGCACAAAGGCGCAAACGACGCGUACUUUUCACGCAAGCUCAGGUUUACGAGUUGGAAAGGCGUUUCAAACAGCAAAAAUAUUUAUCAGCUCCUGAGCGAGAACAUCUGGCCGGGCUCAUUCAUUUGACUCCUACUCAGGUGAAAAUCUGGUUUCAAAAUCAUCGCUAUAAGUGCAAGAGGCAGGCUAAAGAGAAGGCCAUGGCUGAUAUCGGAUCUCAACAUCAACAGAAUUCUCCGAAGAGAGUAUCAGUGCCGUCCUUGGUCAAUAAAGACUGCAAGGCUGAAAAUGGAUCGGCUUUGGUCAGCAGCAGUAACAACGGUGGUGGACCGAUCGGAGCUUCAUCGGCCGGCGGUGGAGACAAUUCUUGCAGUACGACACUCGGGACUCAACCGUCACCGUCGUCCGUUGGUUGUCGCGACGACGAUUGCACACCGAGUCCAGGACCGACCUCUUCCACUCUUAUGGGCGUCGCUCCACCAGGUCAUCAUUCUCAUCACCCACAUCACCACCAUCAUCACCUGGCCGCUCACCUGUCCCAGUCGCAAGUGGGCCUGCACCACGCCGCAGCAGCCGCCGCCGCUGCCGAACACCAUCCAAGUACAUCGGCCAUGUAUCUGACCAGCCAGGCUCUUGGCUCGCUCGGCUUUCAUCGCCAAGCAUUGAUGGAGACUCAGUCAUCCUCGCUGCAUCCAUAUCAUCCCCAUCACCACCAUCACCAUCAUCAUCAGCACGCCCAGAUGCAACAGGCUCAACAGCAACAAAACAGUUUGAGUGCUUACCUGCCGCUGCACAACGGACGCUGGUAAUGGCAUUUACGUUGACAAAUAUCUUUUAAAAAUUCUCGUCUUUUCUUCAAACUAUUCAUUCCGAUUUAUUCGAGUGUUAUUAUAAUUCGGUGUCUGCGAACGUCAUUUGCUUUCAUUUUUAUUCGAUUGUAUUUCAGCCAGUCUCUGUCUCACUCUCGCAUUCCCUGCUGUUUGAUCCCGUUUUUUCCUGGUUCGAUUUAGUGUGGCAUUUUAUUCGAAUUUACUUUUCAUUCAGUACAUGUUGUAAUAUUUUUUUUAAACAAAUAUUUUGGAAUCAGUGGUCCGAAUUAUCUUCUUUGCGUAUCGUCAUACUUGUUCACCUUCUUCUAACUCUAUUUACAUCUUUCAGUAGCCUACUCGUUGGUUUAAUCUGUUUGCUGUUGUUUCAACUUAUUCCCCUCCAGUUUGCCGUGCAAGAUGGCUUUAUUCAAGAAAAAAAUCAAUCUUCUCAUCCGUUCAUCUCUCGUGCAUUCCCCACUUUUCCAAUCCGUUGGCAAACACGUCGUCACUAUGUUACACAUAAAUAUGCUAACUUUGAAAUACACACAACAUUUUAUUCGGCA